UUAUCGCAUCAGCCAGCAAAAAACUAGCUAGAGCUCUGUGUCAUCGUGCACGAAAGCACAGAAGAAACAGAAAAAUACGGUCGAUGGGCAUGACAACGACGACGACGACGAGGCUGAUGCUCACCUUGGCCGCGGCGGCGGCGAUGCUGCAGCUGCUGGCCUCGGCGCCGGCGCCGGCGUCCGGGCAGCCCGGCCCCGGCGUCGUCGUGGGCGCGGUGUCGUGCACGACGUCGCUGGUCACCAGCUUCACGCCGUGCCUCAACUUCAUCACCAACGGCAGCGCGUCCCCGACCGACGACUGCUGCCGGUCCCUGGGCGCGCUGACGAAGGCGAGCGCCGGCUGCGCCUGCCUCAUCCUCACCGGCAGCGUGCCCCUCGGCGUGCCCGUCAACCGGACGCUCGCCGUCACGCUGCCCAGGGCGUGCAACUCCACCUCUCUCCAGCUGCAAUGCCGAGACGCGUCGUCAGCUCAGAGCCCAGCUCCAGGCCCCGUCGCAGAUGCGCCUGCGCCCUCCAUGCCCAUGGCCCCGUUGCCACCAGUGACGGCGGCAGCGCCGGAGCCUGAAGCGCCGGCGACAGCUCCACCUGCGGAACCCACGGCCACGGCGACGCCACCGAUCAGCCAGGUACAGACGAAGCCGGCGGUUGUGCCCAGCGCCGCCGGGAGAGCAAGCUCGGACGUGCCAGCGACGGCUAGGUUUGGACUGCUGCUUGCAAUUGGAGCUGCGCUGAUGGCCUGAUUUGUGAACGAAUAUUUAUGUGAUAUAUCCGUCCUUAGCAGUGGUUAGCUAAAUAACUGAGCACUGGGGAGUGUCUUGGUGAAUUUUAUUAGUUGAGUAUGUAUUAUUUGUUUGUUUGUAAAUUGAUGGUGUUCUGAAUUGGUAGUACCUGUAUUUUGUCACAUUUUUUCACGUUGUUUGAGCCUUUGAUCAUCAGGACUUGAAGAGAAUAAUGUACUAUGUACUGUUAUGGUGGAACUUUUUUUUUUA